UGCAAUUUAGAUGUACCGCGUGAUAGUCGGAAGCGCGCAGAAUAUUCGCUAGCAUUGUCGUAUAGUUUUUUUACGAAUUUCUUUUUGUUCUCUUGCAAAGAGGUAGACGAAAGUAGCGGAACGGUUUUUGCUAGAGUGAUUUAUUCAAACGUUGCGACUAUGACGUCUAUUAGCCUUGUUACUCUUUUAUGAAAAAGUGCCGUUGAAACGAACGGACGAACAUACGGCAAUCAAUACCUAUCUGCCCUUAAAACGCCUACUGUGAGUAAUAUUCAGGCUUAAUGUAUUCCCUUAAAAUGAGGACUUUCAAGUGACUGAUCUGUUCACAUUGAUUGCAUUCAUUUGUGUGCCAUAAAGACGCCGUCCACUUUCUGAAAAGUGGAUUUAAAGUUGUGCGUAUGCACAACAAUAGGUAACGAACACGAGAAACCACACGAAGAUGGCUAUACUGCAGUCUUGUUGCUUUUGGAAGACGGUGCGUACCGGCAGCAUGGCAAGCGCCGCAUACACUUUGGUGUACUUUGGUUUCUCCACCGUUGUUAUGCUCAUUACCGUUUACGAUGAACAGGAGUUUCUGGCUGGUAGCAGCGAGCAGCCAUUAGGGGAAAGCAUCUUGGCUAAGGGAGAGAUAACUCCGGCUAUUGUUGUAUUUAAUAUUCUCUUUCUGAUUUGCUCGCUCUUCAUCGUCAUGUCGUCGCUCUUAAUGUUCGUGGGGCUAAAGCAGAAUCGUCGUCAACUGCUGUUACCCUGGAUUAUUUUCAUGCUUUGCGAUGUGCUCAUUGAAAUUCUUCACUUAAUCUAUUUGUCAUUUACGCAAAUCGUGAACUUCGAUCCAGUAGUCGGCUUUAUAUUCACCAUCGACUUUUUUAUAAUGUGUCUAAAUUCUUACUGUCUGCUGUGCGUGAUAUCGCAAUAUCAAAAUUACCUGCAAGGACUGGGUUGCGGGAAUCAACAGAUACGGACCGAAGUGGUGAUACAAUCAGCUGAUGGUGGAGCUGGCUCAAGUCAGAAUUACCUGUGUGCAACGAAAAUACAAAAAUCUAUCGCUAGUCCUUACAUAACAACAAAUCCACACACGCAUAUUUCGACGAUACACGAGGAGAUGGACCAAAAUCAUAAAAUUUCUACGGAUUCAGCGGAAGUGCCGGGCGAACUGGUUGAGGACAACUGCUUACACAUAACUGUCAACAUUCCGUCUCCGUUAUAAAUGUGACAUUAUCAGCCUUUUCUUCUCCAGCGAAACCAGCAACGCGUAACUGAGAGUAUAAACAGUAGCAGAAGCUGCAUCAGGAUUUAUAACGAAUGCAUGCAACGAUUGUUUGCAGAAUAAAUGGAGAAAUUGUUGUUGCAGCUCAGCCUAUACAAGUAGCAUGCAUUUAAAGCUACUUUAGUGCUGCGAAGGUGCCGUGUGAGAUAAAAAAGCAGGCAGCAUUUCAGUGAAAAAAGAAAAGGAAGAAUAUUUUUCGAAGUUGCACAUAAACAUGGCAGAAUAAGCGAUAUGGCUGACGCAGGAAUUAUAUCAAGUGCAUACUCCCUUGACAAUUUAAGAACAGAAUUGGUAAUAUACGAAAAGUUUCGCUGCUCCUUUUCCCGGUCUACAUGUGUAUGUCUGUGCAUGUAUAUAGUAUAUUAUUUUACUAAAAACAAAUUUCACGGUUUCAAAAGGUGCAAAUAUAUGUAUAUGUAUAUAAAUUACUUACGAAAGCAUUGUACAAUAAAUAUGAUUUGAAAAGCGUGUUUAUUUUGAGGAAUAAAAGUGUUGAU